AUGGCCAAACUACUCAGGCUAAAUCAAACAGCCAUCGAUGGAUUCAUCCUCUUAGGAUUCUCCGAUCUCUGCGAGUCUCAGGUGCUGCUCUUUCUGUCUUUUCUCAUUAUUUACAUUGCAACAAUCACGGGAAAUGUCUUGAUUGUGGUAACAGUUCUGUCCCAGCAUCGCCUUCAUACCCCUAUGUACUGGUUCCUGAGCAAUUUGUCCUACCUGGAAAUCUGCUACACCACAAAUAUCGUCCCCAGGAUGCUACUUGGUUUCCUGUUGGAGAAGAGUAUAAUAUUAUUCCCUGUCUGCAUGAUACAGUUCUACCUCUUUGCUUCAUUGGGAACCACGGAGUGCUUGCUCCUUGGUAUGAUGGCUUAUGAUCGGUACCUGGCUAUAUGCUAUCCACUGCACUAUGCAGCUGUCAUGACUGGCAGGGUCUGCACCCAGUUAGCAGCUGGUUCCUGGGCAUGUGGUUUUCUGAUACCCAUGAUAACAGUAUCUGUGGUGUCCCAUCUGACAUUCUGUGGUCCCAAAGAAAUCAACCAUUUUUUCUGCGAUUUCAAACCUCUUGUAAAACUUUCCUGCAUGGACUCCUACUCAGUCGAAACUACUGUUAGCAUCUUGUCCUCGGUUGUAACCUUGGUCCCACUUCUCUUAAUCCUGGUGUCCUACACUCACAUCCUCAGGGCCAUCCUGAGAAUUCCUUCCACUACCGGGAGGCAAAAGGCCUUCUCCACCUGCUCCUCCCACCUCAUUGUGGUCACCACUUUCUACGGGACCCUGAUUGUCAUGUACGUAGCCCCCUCAGCAAACGACUCGCCAGCUCUUAACAAGGUCUUCUCCCUGCUGUACACCACAGUGACCCCCAUGUUUAAUCCCAUCAUAUACAGCCUCAGAAAUCAGGAAGUUCGAGAGGGUGUGAAGAAACUCCUAAGGACAAUGGUUUUGAAGGGUAGCAAAUUCAAGAUCACAUUAUGCAAAUAA